AUGGCCGCCCCUCAGACCCAGAGAGCACCCGCCGCAGCAGUGCAGCAGCGACCACUGCCCGCCAGUUCAGCUGUUGGUGCCGCCUCUUCUGCUCCAACAGGUACUGCUACUACCACCACUACAUCAUCGUCGAUGCCCUUGUCCAUACCCACGCCGCCUGCGUCUUCGCAGCCACGGCCCAUUUACGGCCACUCGCCUUUAGUAAUACAUACGUCGGAUUCCUCGCCUUCUUCUCGGGACCCAGCGACAGAAACAGAUUCACUUUCGCCUUCUCCUUCUCAAUCUCAGUUCACCUACACCCCAACGCCCGCCUCUGGCUCUGGCUCGUCGCCUGCAAAUUCUCGGGAACAAAGCCAGACACAGUCCCUGUCCUCUUCACCUCGCCGCUAUCCUACAGACCUCACCACUCCCAUUCCCGAAGAAUGCGACGAGACUGAGAGCGAGUGUCCUAAUGAGCCAAUCACGCCUGUAAGCGGCCGACAAUCGCGCGAAUUCCAUGCAGCUGAGCCUCGCAAUUAUUACACCAGCUCUCUCGCCUCUUCUACUGAGGCUACCACUGCUGCACACCAAGUCGAAAACGACCUGUCAAAACCGCCCCUCCUAGUUCACACAGCAGCUACCCCUCCAAGGUCACCCGGAGGAGAGCGUGCACCACCUACUAAUUCCCUCACGGCAGCUCAGGCCCAGGCUCAGGACCAAUACCAACCCCAGGACCAAGCAACAUCGCCGCAAAAAGACAAGCAGUCCUCGACCGCACGGCGGCCUUCCACUCGUGGUUCCACAACUAGUCCUCCCAGUAUUAUACUGCGACGCGGCUCGAGCUUCAGCGUCAAAAUGGCCAGCUUCUUCCGUCGCACCAAUUCCAACGUCACAGAGGCUGCGACUGUUGAGUUUAAGGACCCUAACUAUAGCGCUUCUCAAGGCAACACCAACGGCCAAGCCUCGACCCCGAUCAGAAUAACCCCAAACACCAGUCAGCAACGCUUUUCGUGGCGGCGCUCGUCGGCCACAACUCGUUCUGGUACUCCCCCCUCACCGGGAUCUCCUUUGGAAAUGCCACCCACUUCUAAAGGAAUUGGAGCACAAAUGUCCCUACCUUCGGAAGGAGAUUUUCUCAAGAACAACCAGAAGAAGAAUCGCAUCAGCACUGGUCUCUUCCACCGUCGACCUCAGGUCAACUUUGCAGGAAAUGGAUCAAAGCCCCUGCGGCGUGUCAAGAGUGUUGAGCGCAAGAAGAACCAUACUGCGCAUCAUGGAGAGGGAGACUUGGUUGGCCAGCCCUUUGUCAUGGUCCCGGAGCUCGGCACGGGUAUGAAGGCGCGCCGGUUGAGUUUGAGCUUGCCAGAUGAUUUCACAGUCGAUGUGGUUGAGCUUCAAAAGGAGUUUGAGCACCAGCACAAACUCUUUGGUCGUCAUGGCAAGCAUCUCGGCAAGGGUGCUACUUCAAAGGUCAGACUGAUGGUACGGAAGGGUUCCCCGGGCGAACUCUAUGCCGUCAAAGAGUUCCGCAACAAGAAGUCGGACGAGAAAACCGAGGACUACGAGAAAAAGAUCAAGUCCGAGUACAGCAUCGCCAAAAGUUUGCACCACCCGAACAUUGUGGAAACCAUCCGCCUCUGCACCGACCACGGCCGCUGGAAUCACAUCAUGGAGUACUGUUCGGAGGGCGAUCUGUUCUCUCUUGUCUCCAAAAAGUACCUCCAAGAUGACGAUAGAUUCGCAGACCGUCUGUGCCUCUUCAAACAGCUGCUUCAGGGCAUCAACUACCUGCAUUGCAACGGCAUCGCGCACCGAGACAUCAAGUUGGAGAACCUUCUUAUUACCAAGGACAGCAAGCUCAAAAUCACCGACUUUGGCGUUUCAGAGGUCUUCUCCGGCAUUCACCCUGGGCUGAGAGAAGCACGCGGCCAGUGCGGUCAGCAGAUGAAUGGACAAAUCCGUCUUUGCAAACCCGGCAUUUGCGGCAGUGAGCCCUACAUUGCCCCCGAGGUACUCAGUAAGGAAGCCGACUACGAUCCACGUGCUCUCGAUAUUUGGAGUGCUGCCAUUGUCAUGAUCUACCUCCAGUUUAGCGCAAACCUUUGGGAAAAGGCCAGCACCGAUCCUCGUGUCAAGGGCAGCCAGAACUAUGCUUUGCUCGUCCAAGGUUGGGAAAGAUACAACAAGAAAAAGGCUGCAAACCCAGAUCUAUCCAAUGAUAUCCUGCCUCGUUUCGUUCCAAUCGACUUUUCCUGCCAACAGUCGAAGCCGUUGAAACGGAUUUUGCUCAACAUGCUUAAUCCAGAUCCAACAAAGCGCAUUACCAUUUCUGAAAUCGUCAAUAGCCGAUGGAUGAAGAAUGUGGAAUGUUGCCAGUUGGAGAGCUACGAUGACCCAGUGAGGUUCAUCGACGCGACCAAGAAGGAUGCCACCAAGACGAGCGCCGGCAAGAUCUACUGCCACAACCAUCUGCCUCUGCAGUCCUCCGGAGGUGGCCUGCCGCCUAUGCCUGGCAAGUCGGGCUACUAA